CCAGCCAGGACAAAGAGACAACACGGUCACUCGACUCAAACUCUCAGCUUCCAAGUUCCAUCCCUCGGAGAAAUGCAGUCUCCUCUUUCGAACUCCUAAAUGGCCAAAAAAUUGCUGAUUCAUUCACUAUGAUGCUCUCUCUCUAUACAUCUCCAAAUCUAAUAACCUUAAAUUUCAAUGCUCAGGCACUCUCCAAUCCCCUCCCCUUCUCCCCUCCUCUCCUCUCUCCGCAAAUCAAUCCACUGGAAACCCCGCCACGAAUCCAACCUCUCCCGUCCUGAACUCCACGAGCGCAUCUCUCGUCUCCUAAUCCUACGUCGUUUUGACGCCCUCGAAAACCUUAACUUCCAUUUCUCCGAUAACCUUGUAGACUCCAUCCUCGUUAAACUCAAGUUAAAUCCUGAAGCUUGUCUUAAUUUCUUCCAAUUAGCCGCAAAACAACCUAAUUUUACACCGAGCGUUAAAUCUUACUGUAAACUUGUUCACAUUCUAUCUCGAGCUCGAAUGUACGAUGAGACCAGAUCGUAUUUAAAUGAACUGGCUUCUCUUUGUAAGAAUAAUUACACUUCUUUUCUUGUUCUUGACGAGCUUGUUAGGAUUUAUAAAGACUUUAAGUUUUCGCCGUUAGUUUUUGACAUGAUUUUGAAAGUAUAUGCAGAAAAAGGAAUGGUAAAGAAUGCACUCCACGUGUUUGAUAAUAUGGGGAAGUACGGUCGUAAACCGAGUUUACUGUCUUGUAAUAGUUUGUUGAGUAAUUUAGUUAAAAGGGGCGAAAGUUAUAGUGCAGUUCUUGUCUAUGAUCAAAUGAGAAGGUUGAAUAUUGUGCCUGAUGUUUUUACUUGUGCAAUUAUGGUUAACGCAUAUUGUAAGGCGGGGAAGGUGGAGAGAGCGGUGGAAUUUGUUAGGGAAAUGGAGAAGUUAGGGUUUGAAUUGAAUGCAGUGUGUUACAAUAGUUUGGUUGAUGGAUAUGUUAGUCUGGGAGAUAUAGAGGGGGCGAAAGGGGUUUUGAAGUUUAUGAGUGAAAAGGGGGUUAUGAGAAAUAAGGUUACGUUUACGUUGCUGAUCAAGGGUUAUUGUAAACAAUGUAAGGUGGAGGAAGCAGAGAAGGUGCUUAGAGAGAUGGAGAAAGAGGAUGGAGUGGUUGUUGAUGAGUAUGCUUAUGGUGUGCUGAUAGAUGGGUACUGUAAAGUUGGUAAAAUGGGUGAUGCUAUCAGGGUUAGGGAUGAGAUACUGAAGGUAGGAUUGAAGAUGAAUUUAUUUGUUUGCAAUUCUUUGAUUAACGGGUAUUGUAAAAAUGGUCAAGUUCACGAGGGAGAGAGUUUGUUGAUGUGUAUGAGAAAGUGGGAUUUAAAGCCAGAUUCUUAUAGUUAUUGUACUCUUGUGGAUGGAUAUUGUAGAGAUGGUCUCAGUAGCAAAGCUUUCAAUGUUUGCGAUCAGAUGCUUCGGAAGGGGAUUGAACCAACUGUUGUAACUUAUAAUACUCUUCUCAAAGGCUUAUGUCGUGUUGGUGAUUACAAGGAUGCUUUGCGCCUUUGGCAUUUGAUGCUACAGAGAGGGGUCACUCCUAAUGAGGUUGGCUAUUGUACUCUACUAGACGGACUUUUCAAGAUGGGAGAUUUUUCAAGGGCUUUAACCCUGUGGGAUGAUAUUCUAGCUAGAGGUAUAAACAAAAGCAUAUACGCUUUCAAUACAAUGAUCAAUGGGUUGUGUAAGAUGGGGAAAAUGGAUUGCGCAAAGGAGACUUUUAAAAGAAUGCUGGAAUUGGGCUGUAAACCUGAUGGAAUAACAUAUAGAACCCUAAGUGAUGGGUAUUGUAAAGUUGGAAACGUGGAAGAAGCUUUUAAAGUUAAAGAGAAAAUGGAAAAGGAAGAAAUUUUUCCUUCCAUUGAAAUGUAUAAUUCCCUAAUUGUUGGACUUUUUACUUCCAAGAAAAUGAGUAAAUUGAUAGAUCUUCUUGCAGAGAUUUACACUAGGGGAUUGUCCCCUAAUGUUGUUACUUAUGGAGCCCUUAUUGCUGGUUGGUGUGAUCAAGGUAGACUGGAUAAAGCUUUUAGUGCAUAUUUUGAGAUGAUUGGGAAGGGGUUCGCUCCCAAUGUAAUUAUUUGCAGCAAAAUUGUCAGUAGCCUCUACAGGCUCGGUAGGAUUGAUGAAGCAAAUAUGCUCUUGCAGAAGAUGGUGGAUUUUGAUCUUGUUUUAGAUCACAGAUGUUUGGAAGAUUUUCAGAAUACUGAUAUUAGCAAACUAGACUGCUGGAAAAUUGCCGAUACCCUCAAUGAAAGUGCUAUUAAAUUUUCUCUCCCCAACAAUGUGGUGUACAAUAUAGCUAUGGCAGGGCUUUGCAAGUCUGGGAAGGUCAAUGAUGCAAGGAGAUUUUUCUUGGGCCUGUUGCACGGAAGCUUUACUCCUGAUAAUUUCACGUACUGCACCUUAAUUCAUGGCUUUUCAGCUGCUGGUUAUGUGAAUGAAGCUUUCAACUUGCGUGAUGAGAUGGUGAAAAAGGGUCUUGUUCCAAACAUAACUACAUACAAUGCUCUACUGAAUGGCCUUUGUAAGUCGGGAUAUCUGGAUAGAGCACGGAGACUUUUUGAUAAACUUCACCUGAAGGGAUUAAUUCCAAAUGUUGUUACUUACAAUAUAUUGAUCGAUGGAUACUGUAAAAGUGGCAGUCCUAGAGAAGCCUUGGACUUGAGAGGCAAAAUGUUAAAAGAAGGGAUUUCUCCUUCUAUUAUUACUUAUUCAUCCUUGAUUAAUGGUUUUUGUAAGCAAGGUGAUGUGGAAGAAGCUAUGAAGCUUUUAAAUGAGUUGAAAGCAUCAAAUGUGGACCAAACUAUAGCCACAUUCUCCAAGUUAGUUGAGGGUUGUGUUCUUCAUUCAGAUGUUAAGAAGAUGUCCAAGCUUCACAACAUGAUGCAUAUGGCAUGUCCCUCCACUGGCAUUACUUCUCAUGGACAAACGGAGCUAUCAGAGCUCUCAAAUGCCAAAGAAAUGCUAGAUUCAUAUACCAUCUCUGAAGCUGCAUGUUGAUGAAUGAGUAAACUAAGAUUUUCUAUGAGGAAAUUGUUUCAUUUAAUGGGAACAACUUUAACUCAACCUUCUACAAGGGAGGCUUUGGUAAUGUUGUAAUCCAUCUGUUUUAUAAUGCUUUAUAGUUCCAAACGUUGCCUGCUCUAAUCAUCUUGGAUAAACAAUGGUAUUUUACAUGUGGCAAUAUAUCCAUCACAAUCAGGUCAAUUAACGGUUGGACCAAUGCUUAUUGCAGAAGCAGGAAAGAUUGUGCUCAUUGGGAGGGUCUUAUGCAGCGGGCUGGAGGCAAAUUCUGUCACACCUUGUGAAUAUCUCACUGGGUGUGGCUCUUAUUAUAGGUUCUCUUGGAAACAGGAAACCCACCUCCAAUGUAUCAUGAUGUACCCACUAUUUUCAUCAUGGUGGGAUUUGCAACUUGGAUCAUGCCUCAUGGUCAACACCUGAAGAUUGAAAAUGUCCUCCACUGUCAUCUGCCUGGUAACCAGGACAGAAAUCAUUUGGGAUGGACACUAUGAAAGUUUAUUUCUUGUUUAAAGUUGAUGGAUCUAAAAGUGCAAUUAACGAGGGACCAUUGCAAGAGAAGGCUAAUCAAUAGCUCCCAAACCAAAAACUGGCAACCUCGGCAGAAAGGCAGAUUAGGAUUGCAAAGCUGCAUCAAGAUAGAUGCGAGGAAACCAUGCAUCAAGAGAUAAAAGCAGGCAGAAUGGGGCUGCUCAUGUCUAGCUUAGCUGUCAUGGAUGUCUGUUUCUAUUCUUACAAGCAAUUCAACUAUGGAUACAAUUAUAAUUGUUUGACUUGUGUUCUGAUGAUGGUGCAGGAUUCAUUUAAUGAAUUUCCGGAUUAAAUUCUUGUGAAUAUUUUUUCCUACUUGAGUACGAAAGAAGCAGCGGCAUCUCAAAGUGGUAGAGAUAUAUGUGGACAUUUACUGCUGGAAGUUUGAAGUUUGACGAGUCUAAAACAGCAUGGAAUCACACUUCUUACUAGUGAAUUCAGAUCAAGGAGUUCCACCUGGUAAAAUGUUCGAACCAAUGGGAUUUGUUAAGCAGAUGAAUUGACCUUUUCUCGGAUUAUGAAUCAGUGUCCAACGACAGGUGAAUUAAUAAUUUGCUAUGAACUAGAUGAAUAUUGAUACUUGGACAGGAUUUGCGUUGAAUACGAGAGUUAAGGGGCUCAUGCAAGACUUGACUCCACUUCGGCCAGGCAUCAGCUGGCCUUGCACUCUUACAGCUCGGUUUCUUUGUAAUCAGUCCACAUCCCGUAAGAGCUUCUCCAGUUGACUGGUAUGCAAGAGAACUUUUAGGCUAAAUAUUUAUCUGGUUGUCCAUUUUUUGAGAUGCUAUGUUCAAGAAGCUCACCAAUCUCGGGUUACUUCUGGCCCUUCAUUGAAGCUGAAACGCCAGGAGAUACAAAGCUUGUUCCACUUUGGAAUGGAUUGAGGUUUCUGCGAUAAAUCUUGUUUCAUUUGAUAAUUGGAGAAAAGACAAUCACUUUUUCUUCGCAGACACUGCCAGCAUUUGCAGAGCAUCUUUUGAGGACUGGUAUGGUGGCCUUUCCACUACAAUCUCUAGUUAUGCCCCACAAUGGUAGUAUCUUACAUUAAUGUUCACUCCAACGUCAUGUUUAUGUAAAAACACAUUAAGUUCUGUUAUAUUUUUUAUCUUUCACAAUUUUCUUUCAAAUAAUAUUUAAUUUCAUUGUUGAUU